AUUCUCCCUCAUCUUUCUUCUUCUUCUCUCCUUCUCUUCAUCAUCAUCACGAUUUCUACACUCUUCAUUACCAACAACAACAAUACCCAAUCACCACUAGCGAUCUCAUCCUUCCGUCACGCGACAUCCUACCUUUCCAAUCACCAAAGCAAACCACAUACAUCCAUUCAAUCACAAUGGCUCGCGGCGAGACUCAGCAGACCAAGGUCUACCUCAAGGGCAGCAGCGAGGAGUUCCUCAUCUUCAUUGAUGACGUCGAGACCUACAAGAAGUGGAAGAGCGACAAGAGCGUGCCUCUGGCGCACUUCAUCUCCUCAUUCAAGAUCUUCCUGACCCAUGGCCAAGGACUGCAGGGAACCUACGACACCGCCUCCAAGGCGGCUCUUGAGAACGAGUUCGGCACUUCUGUUGAUGACGAGGUCAUCAAGCAAAUCCUAGAGAAUGGCGAGACCCAGACCUCAGAGAUGCCCGAGCGUCAAGGUACCAAGAACGACUCCAAGGGUCCCAUGGUUGCCCACUAG